AUGCCUUCCUUUUCCACAGCCACCACACUGAAUCUAAAUUCCCCGCCUUCGCAGAAGCUAACGCGCAGCCAAAAGCGCAGGCGGAAGCGAAAGCAAAAGAAAGAACAAAAGCGAAAAGCGAAACAAAGGCAAGAAACUACGCGGAAGCCCGAUGACGGAGCCUUCGGCCACCUACCACACUGCAUCUUCUGCAGGAUCUCCGCAUUCCACAAAUUGCACACCAAAGAAUGCUGCAAUGAGCUCCAAAAGCGCUACAAGCGCUGCGUAGAAAAGCAGCCUCUUAAGACCAUUAAGAAACACUGGGUCCCUAUCAAGAGAAUGUCAGUCUUCUUCCCGAUAUUCGGGGUAUCAGAAUACGUCAUGGUCUGGGCCCUGCGAUUCUGGGUGCUCUCGGGGUACGAGGAAAAUGAGCAUAGACUGCUGUACAUGGCGAUAUUCUUUGCGGCGUGCGCACCGCUAUCCGCCUGUCUAGGCUUCAUCUCCGCAGGUCUCUACUACCUCUGGAAAUGGAAGAAGGAAGAUGAAAAACAAGCUCCCAAGGGAGCAGAAGCUGACACCUCGACCUGGACGGGAAGGUAUGAGGAUCUGGAAAGAGUGAUCGUGCAGCCUGUCCAGCAGUCACCCACGGUCGUUGUUACACCAACGCGGCAGCCCGAGCCUGCGCUUACACGGCUAUGGAAAGGUGUGAGUGGGAAGUGGCAGACGGGGUAUGAUGGGAGGGAGCAGCGGGCUGUGCUGUGGGAUGCCGACAUAGAGGGGAGCGAGAUGAGGGAUUGGAAUGCACAGGCGCGUGAACAGCAAGAACAGAGAUGGCCGGGGCCAAGAGAGGUAGCAGAGGACAAUCAUGGAACCGUGAGUAGGCUCACGACAUGGCCAAUUAUACACCCUGGGGGUUCAGUGUAUAACUGA